GGUGAAGUUUCCAAAAUAGAUAAAUGAACAAUUGGAUUGGAUAAAAUUUGUUUUUUACGAUACUUUAAAGAGUAGCAAAUUCCUUUUCCUCUUUGAUCACCUCUACCCAGAUAUAGAUCAUUACGUCUCUCAAAGGAAAGGAGCAAUCACGCUCUUUCUUUUCUUCUAAAUAACUCACCUUUUCCAAUCAAGAUUUUUUUAUUCCAAUUAUUUAAACCAGAAAAGAAAUGUCAGAAUCAUCUAUAAUUGCUCGCGGGCGGUUGGCCGUGCUCACAGCUCAUUUACUCGGAGCGCCCCUCGAAUCGUCGGAGGACUCGGACAUCCAGCGGUGGUGCGUGUCUGCUCAAGUCCCUCCUCCUGGCGAUCUCAAGGGCGUGUUAACUGUGAUCGAUGAGAGGACCGGUAAGAAAUACCAAAUUCAGGUCUCUCAAGACGGGACCGUCAAAGCCUCUGAUUUCAAGAAGAUCUCAACAGGAAAGAGUGACAAGGGGCUGAAAUUGUAUGAUCCAGGAUAUCUGAAUACAGCACCUGUUAUUUCAAAGAUUUCAUAUAUAGAUGGUGAUGAGGGUAUCCUUAGAUACAGAGGGUACCCUAUUGAGGAAUUGGCUGAGAGCAGUACCUUUUUGGAAGUAGCCUAUCUCAUUUUGUAUGGGAAUUUACCGUCUCAAAGUCAGUUAGCAGACUGGGAAUUUGCCAUUUCACAACAUUCAGCUGUACCUCAGGGUGUUUUGGAUAUUAUACAGGCAAUGCCUCAUGAUGCACAUCCAAUGGGGGUGCUAGUCAGUGCAAUGAGUUCUCUUUCCAUCUUUCAUCCUGAUGCUAACCCAGCUCUUAGAGGGCAAGGUCUUUACAAGUCGAAACAAGUGAGAGACAAACAGAUUGCACGCAUUCUUGGAAAGGCACCAACCAUUGCAGCAGCAGCUUAUUUGAGGUUGGCUGGUAGACCUCCAGUUCUGCCUUCUAGCAACCUUUCUUAUUCAGAGAACUUCCUAUACAUGCUAGACUCAUUGGGCAAUAGAUCAUAUAAACCAAAUCCUCGACUGGCUCGAGUUCUAGACAUACUUUUCAUACUGCACGCAGAACAUGAAAUGAAUUGCUCCACUUCAGCUGCUCGACAUCUUGCAUCCAGUGGUGUCGAUGUAUACACUGCUCUUGCUGGGGCUGUUGGAGCAUUGUAUGGUCCUCUUCAUGGUGGAGCAAAUGAGGCUGUGCUUAAGAUGCUGAGUGAGAUUGGAACCAUUGAAAACAUUCCAGAUUUCAUCGAGGGUGUGAAGAACAGGAAGCGAAAGAUGUCAGGUUUUGGGCAUCGUGUGUAUAAAAACUAUGAUCCCAGAGCAAAAGUCAUUAAGAAAUUGGCAGAGGAAGUGUUUUCCAUUGUUGGUCGGGAUCCUCUUAUCGAGGUAGCUGUUGCCUUGGAAAAAGCUGCUUUAGCUGAUGAAUAUUUUGUUAAGAGGAAGCUGUAUCCAAAUGUUGAUUUCUACUCUGGGUUAAUAUAUAGGGCAAUGGGAUUCCCAACGGAGUUUUUCCCUGUCUUGUUUGCAAUUCCUCGAAUGGCUGGUUAUUUAGCUCACUGGAGAGAAUCACUGGAUGAUCCUGAUACAAAGAUAAUGAGACCACAACAGGUUUACACUGGCGAAUGGUUGCGACAUUAUAUGCCACUCAAAGAACGGAUGGUACAAACCGAUGUGGAUAGGCUUGGCCAAGUUUCCAUUUCAAAUGCCUCUAGGCGACGACUUGCUGGAUCUGGGGUUUAGCUUUUGACUGGAUUUAUAUAAUUCAAGGAAAAGAAAUGGAAAUCAAUGACAAGAUAAUUUCUUGAAUGAAUAAAUGCGCCUCUGUUCAAGGUUUCUUCAACGUAAAAGCAUGGUAUGAAUUAUUGUUUAGGUAUCUAUCAGGUCAUAAACGGACAAUACUGCACUCUCUCUGUUUGUAUUCACAGACAACUUUACAUAAAUAAUAUUUGCAUUUGCAAGA